CUCAGAUCAUUGUAAAACUUUUACAGACAUGAAUAGUCACUGUAUCUGAAUGCCUCCCGGAUAUAUUAGGCACGCCAAAUUGUCGUUUAUUUUCCCACCGAUUUUUUUCUAAAGCUUCAAUUAUCUUUAGCUACCCCCUCUUCUUACAAAAUUGAUAAAAACGUUCUGGAAUUGAUAUCGGAUAUUCAUAUAACCAUGUAAACAUCAAACUGAUAUCGUUAAAAUACCACAUUUUCGCAUUUACAUUCAAUAUUUUUUUACAUGUUAAAAGAAAACUGUAAUUGUCAUUUUGUUUCAGUUGUGUGUCCACGUUUGAAUCCUUUUGCUUCCAAUCCGAUUGUGAUCACGUCUUUGAAUCAGUAUGAACUUCGUCUGUCUACUUACGAUAGAGUCCCUGGAACAAAAGUGACGUUGUCUUGUGUGGAUGAUCUUGAAGUACAAGGCCAGAGUGUCAUUAGUUGUCAAGAAGAUGGGUACUGGAACUUCGAGUCUCGUCCAUUCUGUGCAAAACCAUCCUUGUAUGGAGCCCCAACUGUUGAUGACCCGGUGAACUCUGACCUUCCUGAAAGCGCCAAGAUUUUGAUCGGUGUGAUGGUUGCAGUAACCUUGAUAAUGACUAUCAUUAUGAUCUUCAUCAGCUGCCUUAUCCGAAGGAAGAUGAGGGAACUCCAAAAACAUCAAAAACUCAGAGAGGAAAUUUCACCGUCAGAAGAUGAGGACCAAAGGAAAAGAGGACUGGUUUUCAUCAAUAACAAUCCCCAAACACAACAAUCGCUCAAUGACUAUGACUACACAGCCGUCACCAGUAGCGACAUCUCUGUCAAUGAAAGCAGGAACGACGUCUCAGUGGCAGCUCACCUGUCCAAACGAGAAUCGACGAAUCGUUUUAGUCCUAAGCCGACAACCAAACCUGUAAACAAUGGACAGAAAGGCAGGCGUCAUAGCGAAAUCAUCCAGAGAAAGAAUAUCAAUCACGAUACUCAGAAUCCCUCCUCAAAUAAUGAUUCGGCCAGAAUUUUCCAAUCUGUCAAUGCAGGACUCAGAGAGGAAGUCAAAAAACAAAACAGCAGGCGACAGAGAAGUCUUAGCGCGGCUGGUUUUGAAAGUGUUGCAUCGACAAACCCAUCUCCAAAUUCCGAAAAUGUAAACCACCUGAGAAGCAGCAAGAAUAACCAAAUGAACAACGUGGCUUCCAUUUUUGCUAUAUCCGGGCGGAGUAAUGGGUCACUACACAGGGGAUCGAUUUCAUUAGGUGAGGAGGAUGAACAUCAUACGGAUCUGACGGAAAUCAACACUGAUGCAAUGUCCUAUGGUAGAGACCCAUUCCUGUGGAAAUCGGUUCCUCACGACUGGAACUCACAUUGAGCCUGUGAAAGAUGACAUUGUCGGUGGAAAUGGAGAAAUUUUCCUUAGUAAUCCUUGUCGGAAAAAUGUUUCCAAUGUGUAUUAUAAUUUUACUUUACCCUUUGCUAUGCUAUUUCUAAAUUUCUUCAUUUGAUAUAAGAAGAAAGAAAAUUUCGAUUCAAAAGUUUAAACAACAUCUACUGUAUGUAGAUGGAAUAAUUUUAAUACAGGCAUACUUACUGUACUUUGACGUUUAUCUAAAACCAUCAGGUGAAUUUUAAAAAUCAUAUCAAAUGUAUGAAUACUGACCUCCGUGAAACAGUUAUCCUUUUUGCAUAUUUAAUUUUAUUAAAUUAAAAGUACAUGAUACUUUGAUACCUCGUAAAAUCAAUGUCAAAAUGCUGUUAUCUUUAUUUAUUCCAUAUAUAUGUAAAAUAGUACGAUAUAUAUAAUGAUUGUAUUCAUUAAACAGAAA